CAAGAGCCUUCCUACAUGUUAUUUAUAAAAAAAUUUGUUUUUCCUGCAUUGUUUCAGCUUAAUUGGACUUUGCUAAUUCCGAAGGACUGGAGCGGACCCAUUGUUGUAAGAAACGCUGAUUAUCUCAAAGCGUUGCAAUCUUUUCUAACAAAGUAUCCAUCUCGAAUUGCACACAACUCAAUGCUAUUACUAAGUGUACUUGAAAUUUUACCCAAAGAUUUUCCAAAUCCGGAGGUGUGCACACGCUCUACUAUGUGGGCAUUACCAGAACUAGCUUCUGAAUUAUAUAUUUCACAACAUUCUUUAUUAGAUUCAAAAGACAUAAUAAAACGGGCGGAUAUAAUAUUUAAAUCACUAAAAGCUCACUUAAAGCGAGCUCCCUCUUUAAAAGGCGCAGCACUUGUAAAGCUUUCGGCAUUGAAAAUUCAAUCAAAAACAUGGCAAGGAUUCGCGAAUGCUACACAAUUGAUGAAAGCCUUGGAACCCCUUGAAAUUAGUCAGGAUAAUUGGCUGGAUAACAUUUUAGAGAUUUAUAAAAGGAAUAAAAUAGUGCCGAAUAAAAUUAAUAUGGACGCUAACUCCCAUGACGCAUGGGCGUAUCCUAUUGUGUCGACCAUAUUUUAUGACACAUUAAGCCAUUCAAUUGUUGUUCCAUUGUCGGUCAUACUAAUACCAUAUUUUAAUGCACGUUUGCCUCCAUACCUGCAUUAUGCUUCAAUUGGUGUUUCUAUUGCUAAGGAAAUUCUGCGUUCAAUAACGAAAAACUUUGAUGAUAAAGCUAUGCGUUGUGUGCCGCAUUCUGUAAACAUAUUUUCGAACUUCAGCCGAAUGGAUCUAUUAAUUCAUUCUGGAGGGAUGCAGAUUUCAUACCAUUCAAUGCUUUCACUCACUGGCCCUAUCAAAGGAAUGCCUCGCCUCCCAGGAUUAAAUUUGACACCAACACAAAUUUUUUUUUUGGUGUCUGCCCAAGAACUUUGUACUGAAUCAAAUUACAUGGGAAUCGACACAAACGCAACCGAGUUUGACAACAUAUUGGGUUGGCUUAUUGCUCAAGGAGGCAGCGCGACUGAGGUUUUUAAAUGUCCAUCGGGAUCUAUGAUCAAUAUUCAAAAAACAUGCAAUGUUCUUUAAUUGAAAAAUUAGUGUAUAUACUAAAAAAAACGUAUAGAGUUUUUUAAAAGAACCAUUGUAAACAACAUAAAUAAAGAAAAGAACAACCGUAUUAAGUUAA